UGAUGUUUCACACGAAUCGGUGACAAACAGAAAUAUAUCACACUUCUCACCACAUCUCUCAAUUGUUGAUGUUUUACACGGAUCGGUGACAAACAUAAACAUAUCACAGCCCUCACCACCUAUACGACAGCCCUUACUACCUAUAUCACAGCCCUUACCACCUAUAUCAGUUUUGAUUGACUUUACAUCACUCGAUGACGCGCCAUUUCUUGAAGAAGUCGUCUCUGUCGUUUGCAAUCACACACAAGUCUUUAAUCCAUCUGUUCAGAGGUGUAUUGAACUUUCUUGCCCUGCUGGUUACAAGCUCUUGAACAGAUCGUGCGUAGAUUCGACCCAAGUGAGCAUGCGAUGUUCAAAUAACAGUCAAAUACCUUCAACAGCGAAGCUGAGUUGUGAAUACGAGGCGGUAGGUGUGUCGUUCUGUGCCCCUUUAUGGUCCAUUGCAAAUAAAACAGUUUCGUGGUUUACUGGCAAUAAUAACCAUCUCCAGAAUAUCUAUGUUCAAGAGAUCGCCGCGGCAUGGAUGAAUGUAAGCUCUGGUAAUUCAGAAAUUGGCACAUGUUUACAAGUAGUCAUCCUUUCAUUUGAUUUGUCCAGGAACUUUGUACCGUUUAGGCAACCAUCUGAGAAUGUCUUGUGGGCUGCGUCAGGGAUUAAGAAUUCUAAAAACCUGACUUGCCGGAUAUCAGAAGUCGAUAUAUCUGUAGGAUGUGUCAGAAGGGAAGACCGGUUAUGUCUCAACAACUCUAUCCGCUUUAAUGAAUUCAAAGUCAAGGGGGAUUCUUCCAGAAUGACGUUUUUUGUGAGCGAAACUAACAACUCUUAUGCAAUUGAAGAUUCUCUCUACACUCAAAGGUUCCGAUGGAACACUGAUAAUUCUAGCAACCUUGAUGCAGAUCUUCUGGUUUGUAGGAGAAGCGAGUAUCCGUCACAAUGUGCGUUGAUAACGUUAGAUAUCUCUGACUUUGUCAUAUGGAGCAAUGGAUCGGUUCUGUAUGAACCAUAUAAUAUGGUCUUUGAUACAGAUGACUAUGCCUUGGUGAAUAACGACUCCAUUCAAGUGUGUUCCUUCCUAGACGGUAGUGGAACCCUCAUCCGUGAAUAUUACUUCAUCCAAUUUUCAAAAGGACAGUCAAUAACAAGUUUUGUUGGUUGUCUGCUAUCAAUUGCUGGGCUUGUGUUUACAUUUGUCACCUAUGCCAAGUUCGGAAGCCUUCGCAAAUCCAUUUGCAGUCAGGUGGUAAUGAGCAUCUGCGUGUCGUUAACACUGGCGCAAUUGACGUUGCUCUUCAGUGGCAUGGCAAAAUCAAACUCCAUCUCUUGCACAUGCUUUGCCGUACUUGGGCACUACUUGUGGCUUGUUGUCUUUACACAUUCGGUGGCUCUUGCGCUUGACCUCUAUCGUAGGUUUGGAAUAACCCAGAAAGUCAAGAAAACAUCUGAAGGUCCGAAACUGCUGUCCAUGUUUCUCAUCUUUUCGUGGGGUUCACCCUUGCUUAUUGUCAUACCUUGCUUGGUUGUUCAUCUCUGCAAACUGCCUCAUGUUGCCCUGACUUAUGGCACUGCCAAGUCCUGUUGGAUUGGUAAUGGUUUCAUGAACCUGUACGCUUUUGGUGUACCUAUAGCCCUUACUCUGGUCGUUAAUGGAACUCUCUUCCUUCUCGUUGUUGCUGGUCUACGGAAGAGGACAAACCAAACCACGAAAAGGAAGACGUCGAAGAUGGUGACUGAGGGUGUUGUCUAUUUAAAGAUGUCGACAUUGCUUGGAUUCACUUGGAUCUUUGGUUUCAUCGCUGCUUUUGUCGAUGUCGAAGCUCUCUGGUAUAUCUUCAUCAUCCUCAACUCUCUCCAGGGAGUCUAUAUCUUCAUUGCCUUCAUCUGCAACAAGCGUGUCUUCAAGCUCUGGCGGGACUCGUGCUCGUGCAAGCCCUGUGUCUCGCUCACCGUUUCAUGUCCUUGCUUGCGAUCUUCGUCGGAUGAAUCGUCAUCAUCCAUCAAGACCGCCUCAUCAACAUGGACUUCAUCUUUCCUGUCGUCCACUAAGAAGGGAGCUUCAAGUACGUCCAUCUCUAUGACGGAGGCUUCGUCCAGUUAUUCCGUGCCAGAGAAGAAUCAGAACCAGAUCGAGACGGAUUCCUCGGCAUUGAAAGGACCGAUUCCUGUUUUACCUUCUUCUUCACCUUCGGAAUGCACAGACAGACCGGUGAAUGUUCAGGUGUCCAGUCAACUUAUGUCGGAGCUGAAAAUGAAGUUUGACCGAAAGGUUAAUAUCGAACUAUUUGUUCAUAAGGCGUAGCCGGACUUUGGGUGAGGGGGCAUUUAAUAAAGGUACUACAACCAUUUUGGUUUGGGGUCAUGAAUUUGGUUCAAAUGAACGUAUUAGAAGCAUAUGCGAUUUUACAAUAUUAAAUGAUCGUUGACGCGGUUGAGAUCGAGUCUAAAGUGAUGACGUUGUAAAUAAUAAAUUCUUUAUGUUGUAU